AUGAAGUUUAAUGAGAUAAAAGAAGUAAAUACUUAAAUAAGGAAUAGGUUUUGGCCUUUGUGUUAAUAAAAUUCCCCUCAGAGGGCGGGGCAACAGAAGUGUUGACGUUGAAGGUACUUUCGCUUUGGUUUUUAAAGGGCGUUGAUCAUCGGAAAUGGAGCCGCGCAGCAUUGACGUGUUUCCAGGAGAAAAGGCAACGCCACCUUCGGGUUUGGCCCUCUACCACAAGGACAUUGAAGGUGUAAAUCAAAAGUGGCUGUUGAUUACAUCAAAAAUGUGAUGUUAAAAGUCAGAUUUUGCCCUCAAUACUUUCAAUUCAUAACUUAAUUUCCUAAAGAUCAUCUUCUUUUUCAAUAAUUCUUUUCACGUUUUUUUUUCAAGUAAAUGAUAGAUGUUUAAAAAUGCGUAAAACAUCCCUCCCCCAACUCUUACAAUGACCGUUUGGCUUGCUCAAACUGUGAGCAAUACAACCGACAGCAUCUAUACAGAAUCAUAAAGUGAAAUGGCGGAUGGAUUUUCGAUCAUGGUUAACAAUGUGACAGCAUCUCUUAGCAAGGAGGAGUGUAGGACCCUACUGUACCUGUGUACAGAUUUAUUCACCAACAGCUGUGUGGAGGAUUUAAGAGGGGCUUUGCUGGCUUUUGCCAGUCAGAAACAAAAUCAAGCAGGGCAGUCUCAGGCUGGUGGUGCCCUCCUGAUGGAGCUCAUGUUCAGAAUGAAACGCUUUGACAUUUUAAAGAAAGUUCUCGGCAGCAACCGACAACAAGUUGAAGGAAUUCUACAGAAAGGAGGCGUCCUCUCGGAUUACAGGGUUCUAAUGGCAGAUGUGAGUGAGAACCUGGAGAACGAUGAGUUACAGUCCCUUAUCUUUCUCCUGAGCAGUACCCUGCCCAAAGAGAGACUGGCUAGAGCUACUAGUUUCCUAGAUGUGGUGGUAGAAUUGGAGAAGUUAGAUGAAGUAUCCUGUGAUAAGCUAGACCUGGUUGAACAGUGUUUGAGGAACAUUCACAGAAUUGACCUUGUCAAAAGGAUUCAGGCCUACCAUAGAGGUCGGAAUGUACCAUGUGUAGUCCCUAAAGUUCCUAAGCAGAAUUUCUCAAAAUACACCCCUGGGCCCCCUCAGCGUCCUAUUAACCCAGUCAGACAACCUCAAUGCUGUUCUCAAGAGUUUAAAAAUUUGAAGGUUUCCGUGCCUGAAACAGGGACAUCGUACACACAGGCUUUAGUGGAUGAGUAUCAAUUGAAUCCUGAUCAGAGGGGCUUGUGUGUGAUUAUUGACUGUGUUGGCUUUGAUGGAGAGAUGCUGAGCCAGACAUUCGAACGUUUGGGUUUCAUGGUCAUCUUCCACUCUCUCCUGGGUCUGAAAGAAACCCAGAAAGUCCUGGAAGACCUGGCCCGCCACAGGAACCUCCAGAGGGUCAACCGCUUUGUCUGCUGCCUCAUUGGCAGGGGAUCGGACACUCACCUGCUGGCUACAGACUCCCACGGCCCUGGCAUGAUGCUGGAAGAUCUCAAACAACUUUUCAGCCCAGUCCAGUGUCCCUCCCUGUGUGGUAAACCCAAACUGUUCUUCACCCAGAUCUACAGGACGGAAGGAGCACAGCGAAGACCCUCAAUGUAUGAUGAAUACCUUGAGACAGAUUGUCCAUCACACCACUAUGCUGGGAGUCAGGGUGAGGACGAGCGAACGGUCCCGGUGUCUGCGGAUGUACUUUGGAGUGUCUGCACAACAGAGGCAGAGCUACUGGAAGGCUCUGGUCACCAGUCUGUUUACCUGCAUGCAUUAAAAUCUGCCUUGUUAAGGGGAUUUGAGAGGAAGAUGCAUGUAUUGGAUAUUAUGAUAGAAGUGAACAGAAGAGUGUUUAGUCACAAUCAGCAGAAUCCUGAGAAGACGUAUCAGCCUCAGCUCUCUCAUACACUACGGAAGAAACUUUACUUUUAACACUAACAAGUGUGCGAAUCAACACAAACGGCUCCUUUUCUUUCUUUCUUGGUCACAGAUUCACGUGGUUCAGAGUUGAAGUAAUUGUUGUUUACUGUUUGUGUAGUUGAUAAACAGCUUCAUACUGCCAUAGCAAGGAAUUAUUCUAUUGCAUUACAGUAUAUUUUAUUUGUAGUUAUUUAUUAGUGCAGCUUAAUUGCUUGAAUGUAUCGAAGUGUCUUGAAAUUACUGAGGUGAGUUUUGAAUUUGAAGGCUGUGCAGAGGGUAACGUGAUUUAACCAAACAUAAUCUCACGUUCUCCGUCAAUAUUAUUGAGUUUUAGUCAAAUAAUCGAAAGGGUCUAUUAUUAUCAUUGUAUUUUUUACAAGACAUUUUUAUUUGGCAGCUAAAACAACGUUCUCUAUUACAGUAUCUACUGCUAGUUUGUAAUUUAUUAUAAUUAAAAUUAAAAUAAAUAUAUAAGAAUUCUUCUCUUUUCGCAGUUGUAAGAGCGUAAAGUAUACUAUGUGUAAUCUAAGCAGAUUUUACCACUUAUAUCAAUAUUUAAUUGUUCGUAUUAGAGGUUCAUCAUUAAAUCAUUUAUCAGUUAUUGUUUUGUUUUGCUUUUGUUGAAGAGUUUCACCAUCAUAUUAUAAACAUAAUUGCAAACUGAUUGUGUAAAAUGUCCUUGAAGGGUUUGGAUGAUUUGUUUGAGGAUGUUAUAAGCAACAGGUAUAUCUUGCGACAUGAAAUGAACAUCAUAAAACAUUUCUGAGUAUUAUGUUUAGCUUAAUGUCAUGUCCACUAAUGGAGGGUUUCUGAAUAUUUUUAUUGUUACAGCUUUUAAAGGGACAGUUCACCCAAAAAUGAAAACUCUCAUUUACUCACACUCAUGCCUUUCCAGAUGUGUGUGACUUUAUUUCUUCUGCAGAAUUUCAGCUCUGAAGGUCCAUACAAUGCAAGUGAAUGGGUGCCAGAAGUUUGAAGCUCCAAAAAGCACAUAAAGGCAGCAUGAAAGUAAUCAAUUAGACUCCAGUGGUUUAAUCCAUGUCUUCAGAAAUUAUAUGAUGCGUGUGGGUGAGAAACUGAUCAAUAUAUAAUCAAUAUGUGGUAGAAAUGAUUCUUCCUGCCCAGUAGGGGGCGUAUGCAUGAAGAAUGUGAAUCGCCAAAAACACAAGAAGAAGAAUGUGAAAGUUAAAGUGGAGAUUGACUGAGCAGGGAGGUGAAUUAAUAGUAAAAACUUACAAAAAUUCUGUUUCUUACCCACACCUAUCAUAUCACUUCUGAAGACAUUGAUUUAACCACUGGAGUCAUGCUGACUUGUGUGAUUUUUGGAGCUUAAAAAAAAUUGGCACCCAUUUACUUGCAUUGUAUGGACCUAAAGAUAUGUGAGAUUCUUCUAAAAAUGUAAUAGGGGGCUGAAUACAGUUACUUUAUUUGUGUAUUCUGUACAGGGCUGUAACCACAAUAUACAUUGAGGGGAACGUGCCCGCAAUAGAUUACUCAAGGCCAGUAAUGUAAUCUUAAUACUUUGGAUUACUUCUUCAGCACUGCUACGUAUUUUUCACUUGUUUUGACUAAUAAAAAUUUAUUUGGAGAAAAUAUAUUCUCCAAAUAAAUACCAAAUAUC